CCCCAAAUUAAGUUGCUGCUCAGCUGCUCUCGGUUUUUUUCUAUUCGGUGCGGUCAGGUGACUUGAAAAAAAACUAAAAAAUAAAUAAGUUACAAUGGGAACCGGCAGCAAGAACUACCAGGCACCGGAAUGGCUUACCGCUGAAUUCCUGCAGGAUGUGCUGAAGGAGCACUUCAAGGAGGAGCAGCUGGCGGUCACGGAGUUGCUGGUUAAAAGCGCCCAAGUUGGCGACCAGGCUGCGGGAUUUGCCAGUGAAAUGCACCGGGCCAGCUUCAAUCUUCAAAGGGGUUCGGCGCCGAAGAGCAAGUUCUCGGUGAUUGUAAAGGAUCAUCCUAAGGGACAAACGGGUGCGGUGGCCCACAGAAGUAAGCUCUUCAAGCGCGAGAUUCUAACCUACAAGGAGGUGCUGCCACGAGUCCAGGCCCUUCUUCAAUCCAUCGGAGAUCAAACGAAAAUUGCCCCCACAUGCUACUACACCACGGAAUCGCCAGAACCCUUCCUGAUCCUGGAGGACAUGCAGUUGUCCGGCUUCGAGAAUUUCGAGCGGGGUCGUCUACUGAACCUGGAUUACGUACUGCCUACCAUUGAGAAGGUCGCCAAGUUGCACGCCUGCAGCGCCCUCAUCGCCCAGGAGAACCCCGAGGUGCUGGAAUUCUUCGACGAGGCGCCCAUCUCCCGUAAUCCCGACCGUCGCGACUUCCUCACCUUCUUCCCCGUGAACAUCCGCUGCGUGGCCGAGGAGGUGGCCCACUGGAAGGGCUACGAGGAGAUCACGGAGAAGAUGUUCAAGCUGGCCGAGAAUGUCCUGCAGAGGGCGUUGACCAUGUUUGAAACCACCGGCAAGGAGUUCCGCGUUUUCAACCUCACCGAUCUGUGGAUCAACAAUCUUUUGUUCCACAUUAACAACGAGACCAAGGAACCCGAUGAUGUGGUCACGUUGGACUUCCAGUUGGCCUACGUGGGAUCCCCAACAAUUGAUCUCAACUACUUCCUCUACGGCUCUUUGAACGAGAAUGUUCGAAAGGUUCAUUUCAAGUAUAUCGUUCGGGAAUACCAGAGAAUCCUACAGCAGACCCUGGAGAAGCUGAAUUACAAGGGACACAUUCCCACUCUUAAGGAAAUCCACAUUGAGUUGAUCAACACCAGUCUAAUGGGUGUCAUUGGUGCCACAUGCUUGACCCCCCUGAUUUUCAGGGAAGGAGCCGGUUUCGAGAACCUCGAGGAUCUAAACUCACGCACCGAAAGCGGCGAUCGUUUCCGUCGCGAAAAUGUCGAGAACCCUAAGUACCGAGCUUUCCUUCAGCGUACUAUUAAAGAGUUUGAGCUGUCCGGAUUCUUGGAUAUUUAAGUGAACGAACCGGAGAGAGAAGCUGACAGACAGAUUACGUUACAUUCGAUCAAAAGUAUUCGGGCUUCCAAAUAGAGUAAGCUUUCCUUUUUUCAGACACUUAAGCUUUUUGACAAACAAAUAAACUACCACCAGUUGUUUUAAAA